CACAAAACGAACCAUUUUUCUUAUCUUCCGCGUUGCUUCUCGGCCGGUUUCAAAAGCGGCCCACUGCAUUCAUUUCUAGUUCUUUUGUUUCAUCCCUGUCCUUGAAAACGACGCAAAUGCGAUCUCUAGUAGAGAAAAGGUUGAGAAGAACGAGGACAAAAGUACUUUUAACGUUGCAAAGACUGUGAACAGCACUUUUUUUAUUUUUCAGGCACAGACCACUGCAUGGUAAGCACAUCAUUUCAUCAGAUGAAGAGCACAUUCUGUAGCAACUAGCGCAGAAGCGCAAGAGACGAAACGUGCUAUCUGUAUCUCAGCACUAGCAAAGAAAUGUGUUGUAUGCUGGGGCGGUCCUGCGGCGAAGGCAAAGUGUUCAACGAAGACACGUUUCCAUGUCCAAAAGAAGCCUGUACUAGAGGAAGUUUGAGACCGAAAAAGAACACCGCAAAUUGGCAAGACUGGCGUAGCUCUUAUCUUCAAGUUUUCACGUAAAAUUCGUUGCUGCUACCUGUAUUUCUGGUUUGCCGUGGAAUGAAAAAGAUGUUGGAAUGAAAACGUACAGGAUAGAGUGAAAGUAGACGUUCAAUAAAACUACGAAAGUCUGUCACGGAAACCUUACUCAAAUGGAAACCUCGGUAGAAGUUGAACAAUGAGGGUCAUAGUACUGAUUCGAUAGCAUUCACAAAAUUUCUUAGAAUUUAAUAACAUCCUAACUGACCACAGACCACUCUGACACUGUGAGUAAAGGUAAAAAACGGUGAUUAGUAAAGAUGGCGGCCGUUGCAGGAGGUGGCGGCGCUCGUGGGCCAGCGAACCAAUUGCGGGAGGACCUGAGAGCUCACUUGACACUAGCCAGAAAUUUCGCCGUAGAAGUACCGCACCACAAAAUGAUGUGUAAGGCCUUCCUCGAUUCGUUCGAGGAUGUGCGAAUACACUGCAACAAGUACCAACUAUUUUUUCUCAGUAGGAAGUCUCCUGCUGUCUCGGCUAGCAGAUGGGGAGAUGAAACCCCACCAGAAAGAGAAUAAGUAUCGAAUACUGCUAUGGAUUUUUUCGAUUUUUCUUCACAACAUCAGCAGAUAAUUACAACUCAUUUCUACUACAUGAUCACGAAAUGCAUUCCUAAUCCAAUAUUACACCAAGGUAUCGGAAUAAAAAGUAUAUGCGUAUGCUGCAGGAUGUCGCAAAUCACCAAAGGGAAGCUCUCGUUAUCGAAACGCAGGACAUAGACGAAUGGUGUGGUAGGCAAGUUCUGAGAGGGGACGUCUUUGCGGCACACUGCGGGAGCUUUAUUGGCGGCAUUUCACACAAUGUGCGGCUGUACCAGCGAAUGUUCUACGAUGUUGCAAGUAUGGCCACAAUAUCAAAUUGAUAUUUUGUUGCAAUUCAGUUCGUCCACGAGUUGCCUCUUUAUUGGUAAUGGAGCAGAGUAGAUUGUGCUUACAACUCUCAUCAAAGAGGAUCCUCCUGCUAGCAGGAUGUCAAUGAUACAAAAAUUCUUCUGCCAUGAUCACUCAUGUCGUGUAACGCAGUCGCAGGGGGUCUAAUAUAUUAAGUUGUUUACUGUAGGUCCAGCGACGCUUAAAGCACUAGGUAAAACAACCGGCUUGUUUUCCCUCUGACUUAAGGUGUAUCCCUUCAUGCAAAAAAGUUCUUCACUGUAGUAACUUUGCUUGUUUGGCAAACCCACCGCCCAAUUCAUAUGAGAGGACAUGCUUCCUGAGCACGAUCACGGCGCUAGCGAGGACAGCCGGGUGCUCAGAAAAUUCGCAUUAUCAAAGCAGAUGAAAGAGGACGAAAAGCGGGAGAGGGAUAGGAUUGAGAAGGCAGGUGGAACCGAGGUGAGGACCAAAGAUAAUAUGAUUCCAGACAAGCUCAAGUACCCAUUCGAUGUCCGAUUUCGGGAAACCCGAGUUGGAGCAAACGCAAUACAACUUCCGCUUAGAAUGGUCAAGUCCGCGGCGAUUGGAAAGUUGGUACUUGUAAAAGCGAAGUACAAUACUAAAGGAAAUAUUACAAUAGACAGACUCUUUUCCAUCUGAGGAAGAGUUUCGUCUCACCGGUGACGGAGGAUUAUCACUAGAGAUGCAAUAUGACAAUGCUGCUUCAUGCGCAAGAUUGAUAGACGCUCGCAUGGUCUGCGGUUCGAAUACUUGACUUCUAUGACGUGUCUGCUGAUGCUGCCUGAAGUGAUCCAUGAUGUCUCGUAGCAGUUAAUAUAGAUUUCUGUUGUAGAGAUGAAAUAUGUCGUCCGAGACGCUCUUGUGAGUCUCAAAAGAAUUUGUUUUUCUUUGCAGGUGAGAUUCGACGCCACGGUAUCACGAGUGUCACCAGUAAAACCGAAAAUGGAAAUCGCUACUUAUGUGUGCACGUUGUGCCAGUGCCGGACUUUCCAGGAGAUCGAGUCUGACGAAUUCAUGCCAGUGUUGAACUGUCCUAGUACCUAUUGCAAGGACAACAAGGAAUCGGGUUUGGGCGAAGGUCCGUCAUUACCACAGUCCAAGUUCGUGAAAUACCAAGAACUGAAGGUCCAGGAGCUGACAAGCGAAGUACCGGUUGGCAGCAUUCCAAGGUGCCUCAACAUCCUUGUCGAGGGCGAUUUAACAAGGAUAGGCGCUCCCGGAGAAAGCGUCACAGUUACAGGAUGCUACAUCCCACACGUGCAGAACGUGGCUGGGAAGCAGGUCACCACGAUGUUCGUGCAUGCGCACGAUAUCGUGCAGCACAAAAAAGGGUACUUCUCUAACACCAUAUCAUGACUUGUGUACACUGAAGCGACGUAGUACUUCAGUUAAUUUCAUCUUCAUUAUUCCUAAAGAAUGUAUGAUACCGCAGGUAACAACAACAACAGUAAGUGUCAAAAAAUAGAAAUACUAGAAGAAUGUCAAGAAAUUUUAUUCUAUGUUACGUUGAAUGGACUUGAGGCCUGCAACAAUGCGACAGGUACAACGAAGACGAAAAUUCGUACGAGUAUAAGACAUUGUUGAAUCACGUAAAGCAAGCUGGCAAGGAUCCACACAUCUAUGAGAAACUUGCCCAGUCUAUUGGUCCCCAAAUUUUCGGAAUGGAGGAUGUGAAGAAAGCCUUGUUGUUGCUGCUUGUAGGAGGCGUAACGAAAAAGCUUGCCGACGGAAUGAAAGUGAGAGGUGAUUUGCACGUAUUGCUCAUGGGUGACCCGGGAGUAGCGAAGUCGCAGUUGCUGAAGCAGGUGAUAAGGAUUACAGAAUAGAAUUAUUGAGAACUCUGGAUACCGUCUUAGUGACUUCCUGUCGUUGAAGAGUUUUUAUGUAUCGAGCUCUACAAAUGACACAACAUAUAAAAUGAUGCUUUUUCUUAAAGAGUAGCAGGAAUAAGGUUCAAGAUACUGUUUCUUCGCUUGUACUGCCAGUUCUAUAAUUGUACUUCAGGCUUCGCAAAUAGCCCCGCGUGCGGUGUACACGUCAGGUAAGGGUACUUCGGGAGUAGGUCUGACUGCUGCGGUGACUCGCGACCAGCAGACGAGCGAAGUGCAUCUAGAAGGUGGCGCUCUUGUAUUGGCAGACAGAGGGAUUUGCUGCAUAGAUGAAUUCGAUAAGAUGGAGGAAGCAGACAGAACAGCGAUCCACGAAGUGAUGGAACAACAGACCGUAUCAAUCGCAAAAGCAGGUAUGAUUAUACCACGCCGAGGCUUCCUAUCCCAUCCUAUCCUAUCCUAUGAUCCUAUCCUACGUAGUUUGUCUUCUAGCUCGAUCUUUAUCUUCUAUGUGUUGAUGCCACUGAUUUUGAAUUUUGGACUGUACCUACAAUCGUUCUUCAUCUCUAGAGGAUAUGAAGAUCAUCUGCUGAUUUAUAACAAGGUAUCACGACGACGCUCAACGCGCGAACAAGUGUGCUUGCCGCCGCGAAUCCUCAGUAUGGUCGGUACGACAUCAGCCGAUCUCCAGUCGAGAAUAUGAACCUACCCGCUGCACUGCUGAGUCGAUUUGAUUUGAAGUUUUUGCUGCUUGACAAUGUGGAGAAAGAGAAUGAUAUCAAGCUUUCAAAAUUCGUGCUGGAGACGCAUAGAUAUGGAGGAUGCGAUCCCAAAGACAAGAAGCACAAAGGCGGCGGCGGUGGCGACGAUGGAGGUGGCGUUGGCCUCAACGACGACGGCAAGUUAUGAAUAACAAUUCUCCUUUGGUUUUAUCACCCCAAGAAUACACAGGGAAAAUUCAUAUGCUGAAGAUGUCAUGCAAUUCCAUAUGUCCAAGUUGUGGAGUAGAAUACUUAAAGUAAUAAUUCUUGAUUCUAGUAGUUGUCUAAUCCUGUACGACGCGAAGUUUUUACGAGCCUAUUUGAAAUAUGCGAAGUCAUUCGAGCCCUUGGUGCCACGCAGCUUGGAAGAGAAGAUCGUGCUACGAUAUGUGGACAUGCGAAAAGCAGAACGUGA